GGAUCCGCUCGGCCGGCCCGGCCCAGCCCGACCGGGGGCAGCUGCGCUUUCCCCAGCUCCGGUUCCUGCGAGAGCAGACUCCUGUAGACUCCUGGGUCUAUAGGUCCUGCCAGGAGCCUGCUCCAGCUCCGGCUUCUCAUGGGGUCACAGCCUCCUUUGGGUGCACCCACCUGCCCUGGCGUGGGGCCCUCCACAGUCUGCAGGUCCAUCCCUGCUGCACCUUGGAUCUUCAUGGGCUGCAGGGCUACAGCUGCCUCACCAUGGCCUUCACCACGGGCUGCAGGAGACACUCUCUGUCCCGGCGUCUGGAGCACCUUCUCCCUUUUCUUCUUCCCUGACCUUGGUGUCCGAGGGUUCUUUCUCUCACACGUAUUCUCACUCCUCCCUCUGACUGCUGUUGCCCAACAGGCUGUAGUGUCCUUGUGGUAUCAGAGAUUUGUUUUUAAGACCACAGUUGCAUCAGCAAGAAGUUGGGUAUUAUUUGAGCUUCACUAAAUUGUUUGUUACAUUCCACAUUAAAAAACGCACCAUAAUGGGCAACUCUUUGAAACAAUCUGAUAUUCUGUAUUUUACUUGGAUGCAAUAGAGAGAAAGGAAGAUGUUCAGCCUGGACAGGUCAUGUAGCAGCAUCAUACUGAUGUCCCAAGCUGGAGGAGCAGUUGGCAACUGUUAAAAUGUAACAUUCCAUCCUGGCUAACAACUGCUCUCCGUUCAGUUCAACAGUUUAACCACAUGGAGAAGCAAAACUACAGCAAGUUCUCCUGUUUCUGGGAGACAGAGCCCGUAGGCUGUAGGAGGAUAAGCUGUGACUUCUUUCACAGAAAACCCCGUAAUAUAAAUGGACUUUAUUUGCCACCUAGUAACAAUGUCCCAUUGAAACAGGAUGUCCAAGGAGGCAUUCUGCAUCCAGCCCAUCGUCAGGACUCACUCAGAAGUCAAGAGAAUCUUUUAGUACCAAUUCACCCUCCACUGAUUAUAAACCUCAGUGAUGAAGAGGAUGAUGAAGAGGAUGAUGAAGAGGAUGAUGAUGAAGAAGACAACUAUGUUUCUAACUGGAUGCCUAAGACUGUUUUAGAUAUUGAAGAGGAAAGAGCAAUAAGGGAUAUAUGCUAUAAAUCUGGAGAGUAUUAUGGGAUUCAGAACCCUUACAAACACCAAUCGACAAAAACUGUGUCUUCACUGUGGCAAGAUGAGUUAUUACCCUUGGAAACUACUGAACAAAACUUGCAGAAAGGUGAUGGUAACACAAUUCCUACAAGAUUUAAUAAUACAAGAAAAGAAAAGGAGAGUUCAGAAAGGAGAAUAUCAAUAGAGAGUAUUCCCAGAACAGAUCAGAAAUCCUUUGAGAAUGGAGGAGGUGGUGGUUCUGUGAUGCAGAGGAACACAUUUGUUGAUGGGAACAGAUUUGAGGCACUACCUCGGGAAAAGGAACCAAUUACGUCAAAGUAUCCCAAUGUGAAAGAAACAAACCACACUGAACUGGUAAAGAACCACCACUGUAAGGAAGUAAAGGAAAAUAAAAGGAUUUCUGAGGAGCGAAGAAAUUCAGCUAAUGUAGUAACUGGCAAAGGAAUUCAUACUCCAGACCCCAAAAUAAAACCAAGUUAUCAACAAAGGGGUCAAAGUAAGGAUGUUGAAACUGCUUCUUUGAGUCCAUAUGGGAGAGAAACUGGAAGAUACACUCAUUUAAAUUCUCCAGAACCUCGACGAUCAGCUUAUGUAGUCUACCGGACUGUCACUCAAAAACCAAAAUUCAAUGGAUCUACAGCAGUACCUGAAUCCUAUGGUCAGAAAAGCUCCAAACAAAAGAAUCAGCCUGACAACAAUAGGAGAUUUUGGACACAGACAGAAAACUAUGGCAAAUAUACUUCAGGAUCUUCUAAUUCACCAGCUUGGAGGAAAAGAAAUCCACAAGCAAAACAGUUCUCUAAAUUUAAAAUAACCACUCAGCAGAGUAAAGAAGACAUGGAAGUGAAUAAAAAAGGAGAAAAAGAAACAUCUAAAGGGAAAUAAGAAAAUUAUCAACUGGAAUAUCCAAAGAUGAAGAGACUGCAAAUUCCAAAAAGAAGGUGCAGGAAGGAAGCCCACUAUAGUGCUUCAAAACUGGUUAAAAAUUCUUAAAAGUAUGCUCUGCAUGGUGACAUAUAAAGAUCUAUAUUCACUAAGUUUAAUCUACUAUAAAAAUUUGGCAGUUGAAGUUAUUUUUACAGACUACAACUCUACACCACAGACUGAUAGUUCAAAGAGGAAAAAAAAAAAUCCAAAGCAGAGUCUUCCCUUAUUAUAUUUGAUAUAUAUUUGAUAGCUGUUUUAAAGUAUAACUCCUAAUAUGAAUAAAUACUAUUAGUUAUACUUAGCAGUUUCAGAGGACUUUUAAUGUAAGCAGUAAUAAUGUAAUGCAUUCUAGAACGUGGUUUGCUGGUACAAAAGUCAGAUUCCUAGAUGAUUUAAUUGUUUUUCCAGACGUUUGGGGACUCAGUCUGAAUUUGAUCUUAAGAUUUUCCAAUUUUAGUGCAGAAGCAGAACUGUGUUAUGAACUAAAUGAACUUCACAAGAAAUCUGUCAGAAUUAACUGAGAUAUGUAUUUACAUGCAUUUCGAACUAAAAUAUGAAGAGUUGUAUAAAGAUUGAGAGGAAGACUGAAAAGAAGGAUACUUUAAUACUGUUUUCUGAAGAAGCAAACCUCAUACUGAAGUGUUACAUAUACAUGACUUCAUAUCUUUUUCUCAGAUGUUUUUUCAGUUUUUUUGCAUUUACUUGACCUUUUGUCAUUCUUAAAACAUAAUCAGUUUUUGAAGAGAGCCCUUCAAACUUCUUUUCUGUAACACUAGGAUCCAGUAAUGAUAUUGGUGGCAUCUGUAACUGUGAGAAUGAAAGCAUUUUGCCACCUUGGAACCUUUUCUGGUUUAGCUAAGUAAAAAUGUACAAAACAAGAAGCAUCUUUUUAAAAUCAAAGACUAGGUGUGUUGGAAAUUUUCCCUCCACCUCUAAUUCAACAUUGAUGUUCCAAAUUGUAGCACAUGAUGCCUUGCUGCAACAUUUCACAUGUUGUCUGCUUGAGGCAAUUUAAAAUCUCAAUUCAGAGGGCUGUUGAAUCAAGUUAUUUUUUUAAUAUCUUGAUAAAGGCUUUUAAUUCCCUUUUUGCUCUUCACAUAAAAGAAAUAUAAAUUUUACAUUUGCUAUUUGUCUAAUGUCUUCACAAGUCAGAGUAUUAAGUUUGAUAAGACCAUAAAAGGGCAUGGGAAAAUGAUAUGCUGGUCUGAUUUUAGCAUUCUCUUAAAAAGGAUUUCAAUAUUUAAUUUGUGCAAGUGGUUAAUAUUGUUACUAUAUAUGGAUGUGUAAGUGCAGGCUGUGCUGUGCUGCAUGUGCUGCCUGCUGCUUGUGCCACACAGGAACAAAUCAGCACCUCCUGCUUGGUACGUGCUUGAUGAUGACACUCCCUGCUGGGCCUCACCUUUAUUUAGCAGCAAGUUCUCAGGUGGACAUCCUUUCUGUUUGACAGCAGAAGUGAGGAACAGAGUUGGCUUCUUUGGGAAAAUCCUGUAAGAGUUCCAGUGACCAAAAUGGGGUAAUUUCACAUGGGUGGAAACUGCAGGGUGUGCUGGGCUGUGGUCAGAGACCCAUUCAAUCCAUGGCUCCCAGCCUCUGAAGGGUCUUAUGGUUAACUCUACUAUCUUCCUUUUCUUUUUGGUGUGGUCUCAAAAAAUCAGGACCUUAAGAUGUCCUUUAUAGAAUCUGAGCACCUUUCUGACUGGCAUCAGAAAGAACAAGGCACCUUCUGAUACAAUUUAACCCAUCUCCCCACCCUGAAAAAGCAACCCAACCAACAAAAGCCAAAAACCCCAAUUUUCUAGCAUCUUAAGAUGCAAAUAUCGCAGCAGGUGGUUGAGCUAAGUGUCAGGCCCUUCUCAAGGGAAAGACAAGGAAAUGCAAGAAGAAAAGGAUGUGUCUAUGAGGGUAGUACUGGGCUGAUCCUCAGCUUUUGUGGGACCACAGCUUCAGUACUCUUUUCACUGGAGCUUCCUGUAGAGAAAUUACAAAUACUGUUUUUUCAGUCAUCACUUGCUCAACCCAGAAAUUCACAGAUACCAAAAAAUACUUCAGCACUGCACAUUAAAUAUAUGUCUCAACAAGAUAUUUACAGUUCCUGUGAGGUGUUAGCUGCUCUUGACAGAAACCAGAGGAACAUUAUAGGAUCAAGUGCUUUGUGAUCAAAUCCUUAAUUAAGAUUUCCCUUUCACAGCUUUAAAGACACUAAGAUUCUCUAUAAUAAUAAAAAUACCUGCUUGUUUUCCAGAUCACAGACACUUUCCCUCUUAUACGUUUUAAUCUUGUGUGAUUUUCUCUGUCAUUGAAGCCCCAGGGAGGAGCCGAAGGAAACUGAGAAUAUUCAGCAUUUCAUGCAGCGAGGCCCUAAAGAUUGAUUGCAUUUCUGUACUUUCACAUAAUCACUGCAUGACAGACCCUCCCCCACACUGAUUUACACUUAUAGUAGUUGAAAAUAAACUCUGAGAUAAUGAGCCAAAGAGCAGAGGCAGAGGGUGACUGAAGCAGGGUUGAACUUGCCCUGGUAUUAAGUAUGCAUGGCCAUAAUCUACUGCUGAAUUGGAAGGCCCAGGAGAAAUAAGUGAUUUGUUGCUUUCACCCCAGACAUGUUAAAAUAUGCUAAUGUUUUUCCAGAUGGUACUUCUAAAAGCACAUCAGACAUCUAAUCUAGGUGAAUCAUUUUCCUUAGUAAAUAGAAUAACAGUGCUACCAGCUGUAUUUUGACAAAAGUUUGCAAAGCUUCCAGUGUGAGAUCCUGCAUUCCUUAACAAGCCUGGCUAAAUUAUUGUUAUUAACUCCCAGCGUCUCAGCAGCACUGAUAUUGUAAAUAUUUUAUUUAUUAAUUAAGGUAGGAAAGUCCGUCUCAAAUUAGCACCUGAACAAGAAAAAAAGCUUGUUGUAAAAUAGAAAUGGAGUAAAAUGUCCCUGGGAAUUGUAGACUUUGUUUAAAAAGAAGGAUUUUUGACAGUUUUCUCCUAAUAAAGAUAUUUUCUGAUGAAAGCUCCCUUGU